UGCUCCGUUACCAUAGUGAAAGGAAGCGCCUGUAGUCUGCAAAGUGUUCUCACGUUGCAAGUUCAUGUGUUCUUUAUAUUAUACUGUAACAAACAAUGUCUUUUUAAACGUAAUGUUAAUAUCUUAACAUGUCUCAAAAAACAGUCUAUCGGCAAGAAACAGGAGAUCCCAACAUUAUUGGAAUUGACUACGCUCGUCUAGAGGCUCUAUGCAACAUAUCCGGGCUUGAAUGCAGCGGCGAUGAGAAGACUAGUGAGGAGGCCCACAGAGCAUUCAUGAACUCUUACCAGCAGAUUUUCAUCCGGGCUCCGAAGCCACUGCCUCGAAUACCCUGGCCUGAGGAAAAUAAACCUGUGGCAGAGAGGGAGAAGCAGGAUGAAACACAGAAAAAGAAGCCACUGGGCGCUAGGCGCAAGCUGCCAUCCAGCAGACCGUUCCAUGAGUCCAAGGUCAGCCAGAUGAUCAAAGCUGCAAAGAAGUUUCCUGUUGAGCGUUCACAGUUGGAGCAACAGCUGAUCCAUUCUGCGCUGAAGUUGUUUCCCAUCCUGUUAGAGCAGAUUGACCCGGCAGAACUGCGCGAUAUCAGCAGAAUUGUCAUGAUAGAGAGCUGGGAUCGUGGCCGCAUCAUGUUUGGGGAGGGUGGGUUUUUCAUAGUGCUCAGGGGCUCGGUGAUGCCAUAUAGCGAUGCAAGCUCUCCUGAGGAAGAGAAAGCAGAGAUUGGGGCAGGUGGAUGCUUUGGCUCACUCGAGGAGUCCAGCAGCGCGGAGGUGAUCCGCUGUGUCCGAACUCUGCAGCCCUGCGAGAUCCUCAAGAUACCCCACGCUGGCUAUGCCAAACUGAGACAGGAGCUUCAGGGACAGAACUUCGCGCUGCGGGAGCGACUGGUCCAGCGCUGCAGCUUCUACCUGAGCUGGCCCAGGUUCUCUGUCCACAAAGUGGCUGACCUCAUACAGAUCAAGAAUUUCCCUGCCAAUCACGAGAUGGAUUCUGUCACCAGGACUCUUAUGCUGCAGUCGGCAAAACCCACUUGUGGAAAACUUACCGAGGAGGAGAUCAGUAAGCAGUACAUGCGUCAGGAGCAACAGAGAGAGUGGGAACAAGUGAAGAAAAAGGUGUUGUCAGACAGCCUGUUCUACAAUGGGAUCCAGCAUGGAGUAGGAAAGUGGACUGUCAACAGAAGCCAUAAGAUGAAGCACUGAACACUUGAGGACUACACAUACAUGCAACACACACACACACAUACACAGACUCACA